AAACGUCAAUCAGGCUUUGGUUUGUUUUGUAAACAGAAGUUCCAUUUGCCGCGCAGCGUUUUGCGGAAAUUUCUACUAGAACCUUUCUUAUUUAGCUUAUACAAUGCUACCACUAUCUCUACUCAAAACGGCACAGAGUCAUCCUAUGUUGGUGGAGUUAAAGAAUGGCGAAACAUACAACGGACACCUGGUGAGCUGUGACACCUGGAUGAAUAUUAAUCUGCGGGAGGUCAUCUGCACUUCAAAGGAUGGUGAUAAGUUUUGGCGCAUGCCGGAAUGCUACAUCCGGGGCAGCACGAUCAAGUAUCUCCGCAUACCGGAUGAAGUGAUCGACAUGGUGAAGGAGGACAUGCAGUCGAAGUCGCGCAGCCGCGCCGACAUGAACAAGGGCGGCCGGAACCAGAACCAGGGCGGUCGCGGAGGCGGCGGUGGCAUGGGCGGUGGCGGCGGCGGUGGCGGCGGUGGCGGUGGGCGAAACAAUAUGAACGCCAACAAUCGGAACACCUUCGGCGGCAACCGCGGCGGCAAUCGGGCCGGACUGGGCAACCCGAACCGAAACGCACCGAACAAGAAGUAAUAAUAAAGUCGACUCAAUCGCGCUUGGAAUUGGUUUAGUCUCGUGAA